AUGAACUAUGAUCUGAAACCUGUCACAAGAAUCGUUGGUGGCCCUGACCUUCACAUAAAUUAUGGUUCGACAAUUAACUUAACCUGCAUAGUUAUCCACAGCCCCGUACCUCCUCCAUCUAUCAUCUGGACACAUAAUGAUAAGGAUCAAAACUCAAGUUCCAGCCAGCUGGACACUCCAAGUAUACAUAAGGAUAAUGAAUUCAAUGACUCCCCCGAGGCAGACCGCCAAGUUCCUGAAUCAACCACUAGUAGUGGGAGGCAGGUCAGGCUUCCAGUCCGUUUUCUAGACGAAGUCAUUGGAGGUGUUGAUGAAGUAAACUAUGAUUCUCCUCGUGGUGGUGUCAGUGUUAUAACUGAAAAAGGCGAUAAUACAACAAGUUAUUUGCUCAUUCAGAAGGCGAAAUACAGUGAUUCUGGCUCCUAUAAAUGCAUCCCAUCCAAUGCAGAUCCUCUUUCUGUGUUUGUACAUGUAAUGAAUGGACGUCCACGACUGAGAUGUGCAGAAGCCGACGCAGAGAAGCUAAAGCUUGGCAGAUCCUUGCACAAGACAAAGAGAAAUGGAGGCGACGUAUUAAUGCGGCGAAGACCCGUACCGGGUUGUAGUGCCUGUGAUGAUGAUGAUGAACAGAAAAACCUGAAGCUAUGCAGCGUGGAAGUCAACUGCGAAUAGAGUCUGAAACCUGGCAGUUUUAUACCACAACAUUGAUUAUUUUUUUGCUUCAAUAAUUUAAAAAUACAAUUUUAAGUCAUUUGUGACUUGUGAUAUUUGUUUGUGUUAAUGUUUGUUGUUAAGGCGAUAAAUAUGUUUUGUUGUCAUCUGAAUUGAUGUUGCAAUUAACAUUUACAAUAAAAUUCAAGAAAUAACAAAAAAAUAAUAUAUAUGUAUAUGUAUAUCAUUUAAUGUUUAGAGGAACUUAAUAGUAAUUUAAUGAUAUUUAACUGAAAUUCCUCAUGGUCAUCCCAUUUCCCUUGAGGGUGUAUCCCCGUCCAUUUACUGUGAUUUUAGAAAUUGUUACCUAACCAAACUCCUUUUGUUCCAACUAUUAUUUUCACUUUAAUAUCACUCAUAAAAAUUAAAAUUGGUGGCAUAUUAUUUCAUUUUGUUUUUAAAA